ACUGAGGAAGGCGUAGAUGAAACGCUAUCACCUCCCUCCCUUGAGCUGUCAGUUGACAGCGCAACACCGAGCCGGAAGCAUCGUAGGAAAUAACACAGAUUUGAUAAACCGUAGAUUUUAGAUUUCUCCUCUUUGUCACUGCAAUAACGGUUGGGACACUAGCAUAUUUUGAGGCUGACCAACGAACGCGUAAGAAACAGAAAAUCUAAAAGGACUGACUAGCUUUCUAGUUUAGCAAGCUAUCGUUAGCUUUGGCCAGUGCAGCCGCUGCUCUGCAACAGCUAGCUAAGGACGGAGUGUGUAGUAGGCAGGCGAGCUCCGUUGGAAUCUAAAACCUAAGGCAAAUUGGAGUAUCUAGCUAAUACAGAAAAGACUACAGUUGUUUUUGAUUGCUCGCUUGCUAAAUGCAGAGUGUAGGUGAUCAUUGAGAGGCUACUCUCCCAGCUCCAGAACGAACUGUCACUGACUGGGUGAUAUCCAGCCAAUUGCCACUAAAGAUGGCUACAGCGAGCAGCAUUGCCGCAUCUAUUGCGAGCAAGACGAAGAAAAAACACUUCGUGGCUCAAAAAGUGAAGCUUUUCCGAGCCAGCGACCCUCUGCUCAGCGUCCUCAUGUGGGGAGUCAACCAUUCGAUCAAUGAGUUGAGCCAUGUUCAGAUCCCUAUCAUGUUGAUGCCUGAUGACUUCAAGGCCUACUCCAAGAUUAAGGUGGACAAUCACCUCUUCAACAAGGAGAACAUGCCGAGCCAUUUCAAGUUUAAGGAGUACUGUCCUCUGGUGUUCCGCAACCUCAGAGAGAGGUUUGGCAUCGAUGACCAAGAUUUCCAGAAUUCCCUGACCCGUGCGGCUCCGUUGAACAGUGAUGCUCAGGGUCGGACUGGCGCUCGCUUUCACACCACCUACGACAAACACUACGUCAUCAAAACCAUCACCAGCGAGGAUGUGGCUGAGAUGCACAACAUCCUCAAGAAGUACCACCAGUUCAUAGUGGAGUGUCAUGGCAACACGCUGCUGCCUCAGUUCCUGGGGAUGUACCGCCUCACGGUGGACGGAGACGAGACCUACAUGAUCGUCACCAGGAACAUCUUCUCCCACCGCCUCCCCGUCUACAAAAAAUAUGAUCUGAAGGGCUCCACUGUGGCCAGGGAGGCCAGCGACAAGGAGAAGCAGCCACGCCCUCCUGAGGAUGCACCCCCGCGGCCCAAAUCUAAUGUUCAGCAAAGGCUGCAAACGCUGCGGAUCGCCACGCGCUUUUACUGCGCCAUGAAACACGUAAGAGACGCCAAGGAGCUGCCCACCUACAAGGACAACGACUUCAUCAACGAUGGACAGAAGAUCUGCAUCGACGACGACAACAAGAAGAUGUUCCUGGAGAAGCUACGUAAAGACGUGGAGUUCCUGGCCCAGUUGAAGCUGAUGGACUACAGUCUGCUGGUGGGGAUCCAUGAUGUGGAGCGGGCUGAGCAGGAGGAGGUGGAGAGUGAGGAUAACGAGGGGGACGAUGAGGGGGAGAGUGACGGAGGGAUUGGCACUCCCCCUGACUCCCCCAGUAACACCCUGGACAGCACCAAGCCCCUGUCCCCCGGGGAGUUUGACCCCACCAUAGACGUCUAUGCCAUCAAGAGCAACGACGGUGCUCCUAGGAAGGAGGUGUACUUCAUGGCGGUCAUUGAUAUUCUGCAGCAUUACGAUGCCAAGAAGAAGGCCGCUCACGCUGCCAAGACCGUCAAACACGGAGCGGGAGCAGAGAUCUCCACGGUGAACCCAGAGCAGUACUCCAAGAGGUUCUACGACUUCAUCACCACUAUUCUCUCAUAGCCCCCGGGAGUAGGGGGGGGGGGGGCUGGCUGAGAGUGGAGGUGGUUUUUAUCUCUCUCUCCAUUUCUCCUUUAGCAGGGGUGUCCCUCUACAGCUAAAACCAUCAUUUGUUUACAUUCAUCUUCUCUUUUGACUUGAUUUCUGUUACGCGGGACCAUAAGGUGUGAUAGGAGAAUAGGUGUAUCUUCUCUUUUGACUUGAUCUCUGUUACGCGGGACCAUAAGGUGUGAUAGGAGAAUAGGUGUAUCUUCUCUUUUGACUUGAUCUCUGUUACGCGGUGUUCUAGUCAGUACUUUUCUAUUUGUUUGUUUGUUUUGUGUACUUUGGGAAUCGAGUUUUUUUACACCAUGUCCUCACCCUGCAUUGUUUGUUGUUCUGUAUUCCCCUUUGGGAGGGGGUGGGGUUAGAAUGAGGAAGAACAGGGCUCAGUGAUUGGAUAACAAUAGUGAGGUCACUCUCGGAGUAAAUAGUACAGGUAGAAGUAAACAGGAAGUGCACCUUGAGGCUAGUCCAAACCAUUCACUCGUCUUCAGGAAGUAGGAAGUAUUAGUCCAAUAGGCCGUCGGCCAGACCAUCCAAUUGCCAUUUAGCCCUGCCCAAGCCAAAGCUACCUUCCUAUCUGUCCCUUCAUCCAUCACUCCCUCCAUACACGAGACGUUAGGAUAAGCUGCGUCUAGUAAGACUGGGAGCUGGUGUGUGUGUGUGUGUGUGUGUGUGUGUGUGUGUGUGUGUGUGUGUGUGUGUGUGUGUUGGUGGUAGUGAGAGCGCUGGCUGGGUACAAGUUAAGAAUAGCGACGAGGAAGAGAGGAGAAUAGCAGGGUACCUGGAAGGAUGGCCAGAGAGGAGACCAGAAAUGACACGAGGUCUGACUCGUCCAACAGUUUCAUUCAGUUCCAUUAGGCUUUAGAGAUUUACGACAUCAUUGACUGAUCGGGUUUAUGUCAUUCUGGCGGGGGUACCAGGAAAGGGUAUUUGACUUCCUGUGGGACAGGGCAGGGCGAUGGUAUGAUACCUCAUGGACCUUUGAACCUGAAUUGCCAUCAGCACCUUAAACAAAUUGUUGCACUUUUAUGUUAGAGAUAUGAUCUCUCGUUCUGUUACUGCACCACAACAAAAGCACUGUUUGGAGUUAUCCAACUCCGCCCCAACAUGUCUGAUAGGGGUGUAGGAGGGACUAGAGGUGGGUUUGGGACCAGGCCUGAGUGUAGUGCACAGCAGAGAAAGAGGAGUGGUGCCUUCAGGACAGAUACAGACGGCCUAUUGUUUACCUCUGGUAUCAAACCAGCCUGAACCAGAGUCUUACCCACAUCUGUCUGUGUCAGGGGUCUCCAACCCCGGCCAUGGAGGAGUACUGAGUAUUCAGGCUUUAUUUACUCCUGUCCAGCACUAACAUACCUGAUUCAGCUUGUUAUGGUCCAGACAGAAGACCUUCAUUAGUUAUUUGAAUUCGGUGUUACAGCAGGGCUGGAACAAAAGCCUUCACGACUAUUAGCGUUCCAGGACUGAGAUGGAGAGCCCUGAGACAGUCAAAGAUCUCUAUACAAGGUUCAGGCCUGAGUCGGCUGUGUGUCAGUGUUUCAUGAGAGGAAAGGAAAGGGCUGGGUUGUAGGAAAAUCUACUUUUGUUAUUUAAGUGGUGACGUCAUGCCAACCUUUCAGCCUUUCAACCUUGUUGUCUGCCUCUUAGUCAGACUUUUGUUGCGUCGUUGUUGUUGAAAGGUUGUUUUAUCUCAGAUUGAGUUUCGCCGGGUUUGAAUUGAGGUGGUACAUUUUUAUAUUUUGCACAGAUACUAAAAGUAACCAAAUGUUAUGCAUACGAUCCUGACUGGGUGACGUGGUUUUAACAAGGGAAACGGCUGGGUGACGUGGUUUUAACAAGGGAAACGGCUGGGUGACGUGGUUUUAACAAGGGAAACGGCUGGGUGACGUGGUUUUAACAAGGGAAACGGCUGGGUGACGUGGUUUUAACAAGGGAAACGGCUGGGUGACGUGGUUUUAACAAGGGAAACGGCUGGGUGAUGUGGUUUUAAUGGUUUUAACAAGGGAAACGACUGGGUGACGUGGUUUUAACAAGGGAAACGACCGGGUGACGUGGUUUUAACAAGGGAAACGGCUGGGUGACGUGGUUUUAAUGGUUUUAACAAGGGAAACGACUGGGUGACGUGGUUUUAACAAGGGAAACGGCUGGGUGACGUGGUUUUAACAAGGGAAACGGCUGGGUGAUGUGGUUUUAAUGGUUUUAACAAGGGAAACGACUGGGUGACGUGGUUUUAACAAGGGAAACGACCGGGUGACGUGGUUUUAACAAGGGAAACGACCGGGUGACGUGGUUUUAACAAGGGAAACGGCUGGGUGACGUGGUUUUAAUGGUUUUAACAAGGGAAACGACUGGGUGACGUGGUUUUAACAAGGGAAACGGCUGGGUGACGUGGUUUUAAUGGUUUUAACAAGGGAAACGACUGGGUGACGUGGUUUUAACAAGGGAAACGGCUGGGUGACAUAAUAUCAUUAUACCUGUUCCAGAGAUAGAGAGAUAGAUAGAUAGAUAUAGCUCUGACUUGUACCAGAGAAGAAUCUGUCUGGUGUUGUACCUGUGAUGGGUAACCUACUAAACCAGUGACGUCAUCCUCCUCGACUGUUCUAACCCAAGCAAAAAAAAUCCAUAUUAUGGUUUGUUUUACACGCAUAGAUUCUAUUCACAUAUAUUUUUACGUUGCAUUUUAGUCAUGAAAUAUAAUUGUAUUUUAAGCACCACCGUUUGAGUUAAUGACAGUGUUGUGUUAUAUGAAGAAUGCUACUGCUUGUAUGUACUGUAAAAACAAAACCAAUACAUGUUGCAGGAACACAGUUUCUCCCUCCUGUGUCUUGGCUGUUUAGAUCCAUUGUUACUCUCCUAGUCUUAACCCCAUCAGGCUCUCCUUACCAAGCUUUAAACUGUGUUUUCAUCGUAUACACUGUGUAAGAGGUGUGCCUUUAUACUCCAAAUGAUUUCAUUUGUCUUUUUUAAUGUCUUUUUGUUUUUUUACAAAGUUCAAAUGUUAUUUUAAUAGGGUUUUAUUUUCAGCGUUUUCCCUGCCUGUGUAGUAGGUGUUUUCAAUAUAUUAUUGUUGAGUCAAAUUGAUACAGUUGUAUUAUUAUUUUGACUAGUUCCGUUUUCAAACAUAAAAACUAAAAUGGCCGUCUCUGAUACUGAGGUUAUGGGUAGAACUUAGUCAUUAGGCAUAGAUGGUGCUUACCUUCCCCAAAUCCUAACCUUCACCAUUAGGGGGGUGGGGGGGGUGGGAGGGUGGUACUGCAAAUCUGAACUUGGAUCUGUGUGUCUACCUCUUGGUGUGGAGACUGCCUCUGGGCUGAUCUGACCCUGCGUUCCCCGCUGCUCAGUAGGGACCUGCGUGUUGUGGUUUGUGUGACUGUCAUAAUGAUGUUCGUCGUGUUUGUCCGCUGACCAAUUCCUCCGAAGUUUGAAUGCAUCUGAAUGAAAUGGCACCCUAUUCCCUGUAACAGUGAAAUAAUUUUGACAAGAGCCCGUUUAGGUUUAGGAUUAAGGAUUAGGGUUAGGUUUAGGAUUAAGGUUUAGGAUUAAGGUUUAGGAUUAAGGUUUAGGAUUAAGGUUUAGGGUUAGGUUUAGGAUUAAGGUUUAGGAUUUAGGUUUAGGGUUAGGUUUAGGAUUAGGGUAAACCAGGUCCUGGUCAAAAUUUGUGCACUGUUUAGGGAACAGAUGCAGUCGAGACUCCCCUUCCACCAUCUUAUGUUAACGUUGCUGCAUCACCACUGCCUGCUCCAUGUUCCCUAAGCCCUAACCUUAACCACUGCUCCAUGUUCCCUAAGCACUAACCUUAACCACUGCUCCAUGUUCCCUAAGCACUAACCUUAACCACUGCUCCAUGUUCCCUAAGCCCUAACCUUAACCAAUGCACGGCUGCUCCAUGUUCCCUAAGCACUAACCUUAACCACUGCUCCAUGUUCCCUAAGCCCUAACCUUAACCACUGCACGGCUGCUCCAUGUUCCCUAAGCACUAACCUUAACCACUGCUCCAUGUUCCCUAAGCCCUAACCUUAACCUAAAACAGCUGACCCAGGAUCAGUGGUGAAGAGGAAAUGUCUACCUGCUCUACCUUCCACCCACUGGCCAGCUCUCCCUGCCCUCACCCACGGGCCAGCUCUCCCUGCCCUCACCCACUGGCCAGCUCUCCCUGCCCUCACCCACUGGCCAGCUCUCCCUGCCCUCACCCACUGGCCAGCUCUCCCUGCCCUCACCCACUGGCCAGCUCUCCCUGCCCUCACCCACGGGCCAGCUCUCCCUGCCCUCACCCACGGGCCAGCUCUCCCUGCCCUCACCCACGGGCCAGCUCUCCCUGCCCUCACCCACGGGCCAGCUCUCCCUGCCCUCACCCACGGGCCAGCUCUCCCUGCCCUCAACCACGAGAGAUGUGUUUUUGCUCUGAGAAGAUGGUGGCUCGAUCCAUAGAGAGGGUGCUCCCAUGUCACUGACUUGGACUCCUACUAUAGACUACCCUCUCCAUUGCUCCCCAGUCCACUGGGACGUAGAUGGCUGGUUUUGUCCAUCGUUGGCUGAUCCUUCAACCUCCUCUAUGUAAAGGCCGUACUAAACCCAACAUUUUGUGAAAAGAAACUUUUCCACGUGCAUCCACCUACAUUCAAAAUGACCACACAUGAGCUUGGAAAAUAUUGUACGGUGUAAAUGUAUCAGUUUGAAUGUGUUAUUUUUUUAACGUAUGGAUUCUGGAAGACUGAAUGAAGUGUGUUUGUGUCACACGGUUAGGUGUUAAUGAUUACAGAUAUGAGGACAGACAGAUGGUGAGGUUUAUGGGGUUUUAACUGUGGAAAUUGUGAGGUAUGUAAUGGUGACCCAGAGUCCUUGCUACACAUUGCUAAAGCAUUGUGUGUGUGUGUGUGUUGCUGUCUGCCGGCGGUCCUGUGAGAAAUGUUAACUCAUGUUCUGUGAUGUUUAUUGUUUGAUGCAUAAUGCUGAUAUUCUAAUACUCUCCAUUCCAUCGUCAUUCGCUUUACUAUAAUAAAGUACUGUCUGCUAAACCGA